UUUCCCUAAAUUGAUAAACAAUUUAAACCCAAAUUGUUUUGUUAUUAAUUAUUGAUAACUAUUUCUUAUCUUUCAAUUAUUUACUUGUUUAUUUUUAUUGAUUAGCUUGUUGUAUAGUUUUUAAUGUUUACCGAUUUCUUCAAGUGAAUGGAAAGUAACAUGCAAAUUGAUGGGUUCUACUAUGAUCCCAUUAAAAAGCGUCACUUUCGAAUCUUAAACAACAAUAAAUUUCAUCCACUUAUCAACACCCAAGUCAAAUCCGAAGUUAAACCGUCUGGUCCAAUGAAAAAUUUUUGCAGUGAACUUUCUCGUUUACAUAUUAAUCGUAGCAGUUUCAAUGUUCAAGAAUGCCUAUUAUCUGCUCGGUUUGCUCAGAUGGAGUGCACCAAAAUUAAUACACUGGAAGUUAAUGAUUUUAGAGGAAACCCGAUGAAAAAUAUAAACUGUGAUUAUCUUAUUGGUGAACCAGAAAAUGAUUCCCUUUAUGGAGUAUGGAGCUCACCAGAAGGAACUGGGUCAAUUAUACAGCGACUUAAAGUAUCUAAUAAUUCAGAAAGAUCGGAUCGACAGUUUGACUGGCGAAGUCGGUCAAUGAUCAACUCUUUCCCAAGCGGAAGCAAAGUCGAAGAUUUGUGUAUGGUUCAAAUAACGGGGUCGCCUUGUUCAGCUGUGAUGUGCUUAACUAACCAUUGUAAAAAAGAUUUGACCACUUAUUCUUCUCUAGGAAUAUAUUAUCUCAGCAAUGAUACUCAAAUUGAGAAUCACUUACAGACCGAAGAUUGUAGUCUAAAUUAUGAAUUUUGGGAACCUGCCUACAGUUGCUGUCCUCACACCUUGCAAACAUUAGCUAUUGGUGGCAAUAAGCACAUCCGUCUAUUUACUCCUUUAUACAUCAAUACCAAUCGUACAAGCAAUGAUCACACUCUAUUGGAAGUGAAAGGCAAAGCAACAUCAUUAAAAUUUUCUCAGGAUGGUAAAAGACUUUAUGCAGGAACAAAUAAUGGAUAUCUUGUUUCAUUUGAUGUCACCAACAAGAAACGUAUUGAAACAUGUAAUCUCAAAACAAAAACUAUCGCUUAUUUGCAUCCUCUCAAAAACGGCAAUCAAUUGAUUGUUUCCUGUCAUGAUAGCAAACUAUUACUCAUGGAUAACAGAAAUUCGAGGUCACCUAUAAUUACGUAUUCUGAUCAUGUUAAUGAUUGCAAAAAGAUUCCAGUUAGUGUCGAUGAAUCAGUGGAUGUUCUCUGUUCUUCUGGGCAAGAUUACAAAAUUCGACUUUGGUCUCUCAAGUCUGGUAAAUUGUUACACGAAAUACCACCUCCAGAAAAUCAGUUCAGUAAUCCAAUGGUUGAUGAUCCUACAAUGCUGUAUUCUUGGUAUUCACAAUCUUGGAAAAGUCUCAAAGGCGAACCUCGUCCAAUGAUUUUUACUUGUAUGAAAGAUAAAAUAAGCAUCUACCGUCAUAAAGAUGAUAGUUAAAGAUUGGCCUAAAACAAUGGAAGUGGAAAAUUUACUGUGUACUUUAAAAGAAAUUAAAACUGUACAACAUUUACGACUCUGGACAGUUUAAAAAAGCAAACUUGUAGUUCACAAAACAGAUGAAUAAACAAUUCCUUUUGGUUAA